CCCCCAGUGCACACAUGCAGCGUGCUCAGGAUGACACAGCCCAGUGCCGUACUGAGCAUUUUCGCCAUGUUCCUGCACACCACUUUUGGGGAAAGUGGUUGCACCUCAGCAGACGGUGAUGGGACUCUCGGGGAUGACGAACCAGACAAUUUUGACAUUGAUUGCUUCAGCCAGCUGGACAUUAAGGACUCCUUGAGCAGCCUGACCUGCAAUUUCAGCGAGCUGCCUCCUUACAACACUAACUAUAGCCUGUCUCUGUGCACCAAGGAAGACAACAAUUAUGCCUGCUCCAACAUGAAGAAACAGGAAGAUGCAUUCUUCUUACAGUUCAAUGAUAUACUCUCCAACAGAGAUAUUUGUAUGUACUCUGAGAUGAAGAGAAGGGUCUGCAGGAGUCUGGUUAUAACUGACAUUGUUAAGCCUGAAGUACCAUUUGCUAUAAACAUCACAUAUGAAAGGGAGGCAAAUGAGUAUCUGAUUCGUUACUGUACACCACAUUCAAGGAAGAAAUACUUACAGGACAAAUUAGUACAUCAAGUGGCCUAUCGGCAGAGAGAAGCUACUUGGAAGACAAUWGAGUCACGACACCUUCAGGUAAAGUUGCUGGGGAAAAACCUCAAAAAUGAAGCGUCGUAUGAGGUGAAAGUACGUUCUCAGCCCGACGGAGAAUAUUUUAAGGGCACAUGGAGUGAAUGGAGCACUUCCAGGAACUUCAGGACAGCAAGAGAGCAGCACUCCACAGAGAGCUAUAGCAGCGUGGUCAUGGUUAUACUCUGCGUCCUGGGAUUCAUGCUGUCCAUUGCUAUGAUUGUACUUAUCAUAGUUUUUUGGGAAAACAGGAUCAAGCCUGCUGUAUGGCCAAACUUUCCUGACCAUAAAAAAACGCUGGAGCAGCUAUGCAAGAAGCCAAAAAACAACUUUGAUAUAAGCUUUAACCCAGAGAGUUUUGGUUACGUUCAUAUCCAUAAAGUGGACGGCCUUUUGGCAAAAGCUGAACUGGAAAAUUUUCUGCAGACAUCAACUGCUCCAGAGACAAACCUUCCGGAAAAAUGCAGGAGCGGAUCAGACCUGAAGAUGCUCCCUGUGAUAACAGACAAAACCAGGCCAAACCURCCUGUGCCUUUUGGGGGAGUGUGGCCAGCUGAAGCCCUGCACAGGCUCCUGGGCCCCAGCCAGUUUGCAGCGACCGAGGGCAGCUGCAGCUCCAGCACGUACGAGGUGUGCCACGGCAGCAGGCUGCCCCUGCACAGGGAUGGCUUCAACCUUCCCUCCACUGCUCCCCUGGAUCCUUCUGGCCAGCCCCUUCCACAGCCCCUAAAUGAUGGCACCGUUUCCCAGAUGCUGCCCAGUGGGGAUAUGAGAUCACCAAACAACGAGGAAGCAUACGUCACCAUGUCCAACUUCUACAAAAUUCAGUAAAUCUCACAAGAAUGAUGCGUGCCUUUUUUCCUCUGRCAUGAGCAGGAUACUGAAGCUUUCUGUUUUGUGAGUUCCCACCUCUCUCUCGCACUUUGCUCACAGUGCCAGGCUAUUCCUGCAGGGAAGUGCAUUCUCCUGCAGUCCAGUGAGAAGUAUCUCAGCAUUCAGUAUGCUGCUAGCAGUCUUCACUGCAGCAGAAAUUAAAAUUAAUUCAACCUGAUUUUAAUCUUCAAAUCUGAUUAAUCCAGAGAAGUGACAAUGCAGUCCCAGCUGAGGAUCACAGCAUGACUCGUAGAAAUUAAUGAACUCUUUUGUUAUCCUCUUAGUUACAGAGUUAAGCUCUUAUUAAUACCUUAGCAAGAAAUACGGAAUAAAUUCUAUUUGAAUAGAACCCAUUCACUUUUAAACAUUGGUGGGUCAAGAGUAACUCCCCCUAGUGAGUGUAACUCCAUGAAUUUGAAAAAAGAGAGUAAAUUAAAAUCGCUAUCAAGCAUUAGGUGCCUGAGGAUUCAGGAACUUUAGCACCACACUGAGAAUUAGCUGAAUGCCCAGAAAAAAAAAACAAAACAGUGCAUGGACCCACUUUAGGGAGAUGUCUCCUGAGAUGGAUUUAAAUUAGGGGUUGGUAGKUUUUUUUUGGAGACACAAAUUAAAACAAAGCAAACCUUAUAUGCAUCUUGCUCUUGGUAAAGAUCUGCCCUUAAGCCAGUUAUCCAGGAUCCACAGGUACUUCUGCUGAUACUUUUGAGGUCUUCAGCAUUUCAUGUGCCAGYUAUGUAAAGCCAAGUCCUUUCUCUGCCUAGAAGCUGAAUUAGGGCUGCAAAUUGCAGGAUGCUGUAUUUUAGUGCA